UUUGGCGCCAAAUCGGGGGCUUUGCUUCUUCUUCUUCAUCUUCAUUCUUCGUCUUUGAAUUUGGUCUUCUGUUCUUCACUCCGCAAGAAUGUCAGACAUCUUAAACCGUCUCGAAGAAAUUUAUACCCUGAUUUGUUCUGGAAUUAAAGCAAACAAGUCACUUGCUUACUCCACUCUUCUACAACUUCAACAGGCGUCUAUUACCAAUCAUGAUUCCAUUGAUGCCCUAGCGGAAUUUUCUCGGGGUUCGAUCCAGCUUAUUGUCUCCGACACACAAGACGAAGACGAAGAAAUCGCCGCACAUGCAUUGAAGUGUUUAGGAUUCAUAAUCUAUCACCCCUCCAUCGUUGCUGCUAUUUCGGCGAAAGAAGCCAGCUUUAUCUUUGAGUCAUUGGCAGAACUAAUCAUUAGAACUAAAAUAAAGUCAGUUUGUAACUUAGGAGUGUGGUGCAUAUCUAUUCAACAGCUUGAUGCAGACUUUCUUGCCAUGCACUUUCAGUCUUUGUUGCUGGCUGUUACUCAUGCCCUCGACAAUCCCAAUGGGUCUUUGUCGACCACUUUUGAGGCUAUCCAGGCAAUUACAAAGUUGGCAGCAAAAUUAAAUGAUAAAAUGAGAGAGUCCUCCUAUAUAUGGGCUCCUCCAAUAUACAGACGGCUUCUCAGCUCUGAUAAAAAGGAGAGGGAUAUGUCAGAGAGAUGUUUGUUGAAGACAAGGUCCACAAUAUUACCUCCUCCGCUAGUUUUGUCUAAGGCGCUUGCGAAAGAUAUGAAAGAAUCAUUGCUUAUUGAAAUGGAUAAGUUAUUAAAUCUCGGAAUGAAGGUUCAGACUAUUGCAGCUUGGGGAUGGUUCAUACGCAUACUAGGAUCUCAUUCCAUGAAGAAUAAAAGUUUAGUAAAUAAAAUGCUUAAAAUUCCUGAGCGGACAUUUUCAGAUCAUGACCCUCAAGUUCAGAUUGCAUCACAGGUUGCAUGGGAGGGUCUAAUUGAUGCUCUUGCUCACAGUCCAACUCUCAUGUGUGAGAUUAAUGUGGUCAAGGAGGACAAUAAUCAAACAGUGCAAACAUUAAAUGGGAAUAACAUUGAAAUCCAGGGAAAUGGGUUUUCAAAAAGCAUAAAGCUCAUUAUGGUGCCUUUAGUCGGUGUCAUGCUGAGUAAAUGCAACCUAUCUGUUCGCUUGUCUUGUUUGAACACAUGGUAUUAUCUGCUCUAUAAACUUGAUUCUUUCGUUAACAGUCCAUCCAUGAUGAAAGUGGUAUUGGAGCCUAUUCUAGAGGCAACUUUUCGGCUUGUUCCAGAUAAUGAAAACAGCAGGCUGUGGAGUAUGUGCUUAAGUUUGCUGGAUGAUUUACUAUUGGCAAAGUAUUCACACAUGCACAAUGACUUACCUGUCCAGUUAUGCGAAUCAGAAGCAGUAGCAUCCAAGAUUGAAAAUCUAGAAACCGGGAAAAUGUCUUGGAAGCAGUAUCCUAUAAGGUGGUUGCCAUGGAAUCUAAAUCUGUUGGACUUUCAUUUAAAGGUCAUUUGUUUUAUCACCACUUCUGCAUCAAUGGAAACCUUCACCAAUGAGAAUAGGACUUUCGCAUAUGAUGCUUGCCAGAGGCUAUUUAAAUCUGUCCUAAGAGGAGUCCGGUUAGAGCUAAAAAAGCUGUCUGCUAAUUAUGAUGAUGUAAUGUUUGCUUUGAGGAAAACUUUAAGGUUUUUAAGACAUCUGUAUGACGAUAUAAGCGCUGAUGCCAAUAUUCAGCUUCAGCAUAAUUUACAUUAUGCUAUCCUUAAUUUUAUUCAGGCUGUCACCAAGGAGUUAGAACCUACUAUACUCGAAUCCCCUCUUUAUGAGGUUGAAUUAGACCUCAAGGAAAUAGACACAAUCCAAUCAGUCAACCACAUCAACUAUGCAGAAGUUCUGGGUAUCCAUUAUAUAUCUUACAUGGGUAAGGUAUCGCCUAUAGUUUAUUUAGUAGUAAUGUACUCUUUAGUUGCGGUUCAGUGUACUUCAUCAAUGUGCCUGACAGAUUGCGUCCUGAAGGAAAUGCAUGAAUAUUUUGAACUUGUAUUUUCUUCAUUUACUCCGCCAGAUAAUCUUCUUGCAGCGAUUUUAAUUCUGUAUAAUAACCUUGUGCCUAGUAGCCUAAAAAUAUGGAUGGCAAUAUCAAAAGGUUUGAUGGAGAGCAGUAAUAUGAGGAAUUAUUUCCUAUUUAGAACCAAGUCAGAAACUGCAGGGGUGAAUACCAUAUGCCAUCUCUUCUCUUACCCUUUUGUUGUAUGCUCAUUAAAAAAAUCGUGUGGCUCUCCACUGGAAAAGCUUGAGCUUGAAUCUGUUGUCCAAGUUUGGAAAUUGGUUUAUAGUUCUGUGAACACAUUGCAGCUUGAGAGUUCCAUGAGGAUUAGUUUCACGGAGAAUUUUGCCUCUAUGUUAAGCGGAUGCCUCAAUGAUCAAGGCAUGCUUGGGUGUGCGAGUGAAUCUUGUUCAAGUUGUGAAGACUUUAUUGCUGAUUUCCUCUCAGUACUUGUUGACAUAGUUAUAAACAUCUUGGAAGGGCUUCAAAUUUCUGGUAGAAGUUCAGAUAGGAUUACGAGAGAAGACAGUAUCUCAAAAAACUCCAGCUGCGCUAGUAGUAGCUUGAGGUUGGCUGCCAGAUUUAUUGAACUGUCGUGGAUAAGGCUAGGAAAAAAUCCAUCAAGUUGGCUUUCCAGACUAUUUUCAGCAUUGGCUCAAUUUGUCAGCUGCCUUCAUUUGAAACAAGAUAUCUUUGAGUUCAUUGAGAUUGUAUCCUCUCCAUUACUUUUAUGGUUGACAAAAAUGGAGACAUUGAAUGAAAGCAUUAGCAGUCAGCUUCAAAUCCUAUGGGCUGAAAUCAUUAGUUGUCUGCAAAGGGGCUGGCCUUCAUUAGCCAAUGACUCUGGCUUCCUGAAUCUUUUGGCACCUCUACUUGAAAAAACUCUUGACCACCCUAAUUCCUCGAUUUCUGUGCCAACUAUUACCUUCUGGAAUUCGUCAUAUGGUGAACAUUUAGUUUUAAGUUACCCACAAAAUUUGCUCUCUGUAUUGCACAAGCUAUCAAGAAAUGGAAGACUAAAACUCCGAAAGAGAUGCAUGUGGGCCGUUGAACAAUGCCCUGCAAGACAAGAAGAUGCUGAUCGUCCCUUUAGCCACAGGGUGAGUGGAACAUCCAUCAGGAGCUCAAAAAUAAUUGAAUUAAUGACAACUACAAAACAGGACAAGCACAAGCGCAAGGAGAUACCUAUUUUGAAUUCGAAAAGGAAGAAGAUAGAACUAACUCAACAUCAAAAGGAAGUACGACGUGCUCAACAAGGACGAGCACGAGAUUGCGGUGGACACGGCCCGGGCAUUAGGACCUACACAACCCUUGAUUUUUCACAAAUGGUAAACGAUUCAGAGGAGAGCCAGGAUAGCCAAAAUCUAGAUUCCAUCUUGGAGAUGGUUAAAACUGAUCAACUGCCUCUUCGUUGAAGUUCAAAUGUGAUGGCAAAGCACACAACUGAUCCAUGUUGCAAAUGCAUUGCCUUUUGCUCAGUUCUCAUAAGCCUUGUAUAGUAGCUGCCAUAAUUAUAUUUCCUUUUCUAGCAUGCUUGGUAAUUAUUUGCUGCAUGGUUUGUAUUUGACCCGUGCGUUCUGCUCUUUUUUCUUUUGGGCAGAUAAUGUAUAGGAUAAAUUGAUUUUAUUGUC